AAAGGUAACUUCGCAGUGUCUGUUGGCUAUCAUUUAGUUACUGGUUAACUAGCAUUAUCAGUCUUGAAGCCACGAUAGUACAUUUUGGUCGCUGUAAUUUUAGUAAACUGUUCUUUAUUUGCCUUACGGAAGAGUAGCAACGUUAAAUGUUGUUGUUGUUGUUGUUGUUGUUGACCUAGCCUGGAGCUAACGCCUAGCUAGCCAGUAACAGCUAACGUCCAGAUCAGGAUGUGAUGGAGUGGUAUUCAUUAGAUGAUGGUCUGGGAGCAUCAAUGGAUGACCCAUCUCACUCAUCUGAUUCUUCUCAGUCGAAGGCCUCAACCACCAACAACAUCUCAGAGCAUGAAUUCUCGUGUCACUGUUGCUACGACAUCUUAGUGAACCCCACCACUUUGACCUGCGGCCAUAACUUCUGCCGCCACUGUCUGGCUCUGUGGUGGGAGUCCUCACACAAGAACGAGUGCCCAGAGUGCCGGGAGAAGUGGGAAGGCUUUCCUAAAAUCAACAUACUACUGAGGGAUGCAACUGACAAGCUGUUCGGUGAUGUCGUUCAGUGGAGGAGAACAGAGAUCCAGGCGAACCCCAAAAUCUCCCGGAGCUUGCUGGCCUUCCAGAGAUAUGGUGACAACUUGGGUAGAUCCAGGACAAACCAGCACAAAGGAGCAGGCUUCUUCUUCUCUGGCGUCCUGACUGCACUCACAUGUGUGGCUGUGAUGGUGAUGGUGUAUCACUGGAGCAGUGGUGUGGUUGAGCAGCAUGACCUGCUGAUCAGUAAACCAGUGUCUCACUGGACGCCAGAGGAAGUGGUGUCCUGGCUGGAACAUUUGGGACCCUGGGCCCAGCUUUACAGAGAACCCUUCCAACAGGAAAACGUCAAUGGAAGGCUCCUGUUGAUGCUGGGGGAGGAAGAGUUGUUAAAGCCUCCUUACAGCAUAGAAAAUCAGGCUCACCGACGGGCUGUUUUGGCUGAACUGGACAGAGUUAAAGCACUGGGGGUCAAACCCCCGCGGAACCUCUGGGAAUACAAAGCGGCUAAUGCUGGGAAGUCUCUGUUCUUGCUGUAUGCACUGAAGCGCUCACCUCGUCUCACACUCUUCUACUUGUAUUUAUUCGACUACUCGGAAACCUUCCUGCCCUUCCUGCACACCUGCUGUCCGGCUAUCAUGCACAUCGACCAGUCACUGGAGAGCAGCUUCCUCAAAUCUCAGUUGGAGCCGAGCUGGCGACAGUGGGCAGAGUUUCUUGUGAAGUACCUCUUGCUUCCAUACCAGCUGAUAGCAGAGUUUGCUUGGGACUGGUUGGCCGUCCACUACUGGACAUCGCGCUUCAUUAUUGUUAACGCCAUGCUACUGUCUGUGCUGGAAGGCUGCGCCCUGUGGAGACUCUGGACAAGAGCCAGGAUCAGGACUCUGCCGCGCAAGAUGUGGAACCACUUGUGGAAGAUGUUAUCUCAGGGGUUUGCCUUUGCCCUCCUAUGGCCUUUUGUCCCUCAGUUCGUGUGCAACUGCUUCUUCUACUGGGCGCUCUACUUCAGUCCCAUCAUUAAUAUAGACAUGGUGGUGCAGCAGCUAAUGCACCCAGAAACACAGGCGCUGUAACAAACUGCAUGUAGUCAGUGCCCAAUUAAUGCCAUACGGUUCACAGCAAAUAAAAGUAGAUAGCCAGAAAUCCAGUUGCUGAAGAGAAGUAUUCAUUUUCAGCAUUAAGCUCACUCGAGACUGGCUUUGUUUGCUGUUGGAAAGGAAGUUUUCUCACUUCCUGUCUUGUCUCUCUGCUGGAUGGUUGCCAUGUGGAACAAGAGAGGCUUUGAGCUAUUGUAGGAGAAGCAAAACCUAAGAUAAGACACGGUGAAAUAUCUGUGAUCUUAUUGACUGGAAGAGAUUACUGCAGUGAUCUCUCUUUGCGUGCACAGUGCAUUCACAAACCACAUUGCCUAAAUGGUCCAGAGGGCAGUUAUGCAAAUGAGUCAUGUUCAAACAUUGGUGGCAGUGAAUUCUUGCCUCAUAAGAAGUUUCCUGACAGUUGAUAGCUUUGUAGCACGGAGAUGGCCAUAGUCAAGUAAAAGACCUGGGUACUGACAGUGGAACAAAGCAAAUAUAGAUUCAUUUUUGUUUAACUUCUAUUUUCAAAUGUCCUUUUGGCACGUUGUCCGAAAUCACCUAAAUGAACAACUGUUGCUUUAGAAGUAUCAGUUUGAACGAAGCAGUAUCCCGAGUGUAUAUAAAUGCUUAUUCUGCAUAAGUUUCAGUGCGCUCUUUGGGUCUGCAAUGUGGCUCUGGCUGUGACUGCAAUCUCGGUGCUAGAGCUGUCCGACAAUUCCUUCGUCAAGGUUCGGUAAUGUGAUUAUGAAAUGUUUCAAGUGAUUUCUAGAGGUUCAUUGUCCUGCAGCCUCUUAGGGACCCUCAAGCUUUGCCAGUGAUUCAAGGGAAAAAAGAAUAACAGUCAUGGGGGACAUGUCUGUUCCAGGAAAUCCAGACAUUCCUUCCCCAAGAUUUGUGACACUUAGAUUUGAAAUAAAACUUCUGUUCUUAAAAUAUUUUGAGAUGCUGAUACAAAUCUUUUCACAUUUUUAUGAUUUUACGGAGAAACUGUCUGUAGCAGAUUUUAUUUGCUUGUACUGCUGACAAAGAUUGUGUUGCACAUUUUUUUAUUUUUCAAAAGAAAUAUUUGUUUGCAGUUUACAUUUCCAUGUGGUGGGUGGUUGUUUUACAGCUAAUCAGAGACAUGCUAUUUCUUACAUUGUUCAUUUGCACUUCAAAGUUCUACACUGUGAUUUUGUUCUUCAAUGUUCUCUAAUGACAAAGGAAAAAUAAAGAUUUUUAAAUAAUGUUA